AUGGAAUCCGCAGGAGCUAAGUCGACCAUGUCCUGUGACAUGCAGGAGCUCACCGAGGGCAAGGAGACCAUCUCGCACAGCGUCCAGGGACACAAGGCCAACCUAUCCAACCCAAACACAAGCGAGAAGUCCAAGAAGCACAGCAAGGAGGUCAUCGACUCGCUCGGCGGAGACAUCGCGCACUACGGCGACGAGGACAAGCCGCGCACCAAGACCGCUGCGGAGAGCAUCGACGGCAGCCGCGUGAGCAAGUCAUGA